AUGUUUAUUUUUUUUUACUUAAUCAUUAAUGUUUAAUCUUAUAGAAUCCGACAAAUAAUAAAUGAAUCACUUGAAUUUCAGAUUCCUACUUAAGAAGAGACACUUUUGCUUUCUCUUUUUUAAGCAAAAGAUUCAAAACUAAUUACAAAUGAAACAUUACCAUUUUGUCAUUUGAGAGAAUUAAAUCUAAUUUUUGAUACGAGAAGAUAACAUUUUGAGAAUAUUGUAACUAUGGUGCAUGUUAGAGAUGGUGUAUUAUUCAUAACCUCAGAUUAUUUUUUAUAUUUGAUCAAAUUCAAUUAUUAGAACUUCAGCGGUGAAUUUGCUAAAACUAUUUGGAAGGCAGAUUUCAAAGAAUUAGGAUUGGAUACUAUGGCUGAAAUGCCUCAAUUACUUUAUUGCAGUAUGAGUAAUUUAGGUAUACUCUUUCAAACCAGGGGGGCAGUACUGUUUAGUGUUUAAUAAAUGGAAUAGAAGGUAGCCAAACUUUAAAUAAAGGAUUUGAUAGAUAUAAAAUAAAGAAAUGAAAGAGGAGUCACAAAGGAAUACGAUAAUUAUAUCUUCUCGUGUGUUGGUGAGAAUGGUUUGGAUGUUUAUAAAAUAACUGGUAACGAAUUACAUUAUGUUGAUUAAAUAUCAGACACUAGAUUCAAAGAUUUGGCUAUUCUAAAAAUUGAUCAUCUGAUCUAUCUGAUUCUUUUAGAUGAAGACCAAUCAUGCAUUUCUGUCUAUUAAAUGGAUGUGGUCAUCAUUAAGAUCUCCCUCAAAUUAUAAUACAAAUUUCCAACAAUCUAAUAGGAAUUUGUUGCAAUUGAUAAUUACAAAAACAAUAUAUUUGUUGUCUAUGAGUACCAUCAUAAAUAUAUUUGUGUAGAAUAUUAUUUUACUGAAAGAGAAUUAGUUGAACUUAAUUCAUUUGAAACAUACAGUAAAAUCAAAGAUGUCGAUGUUUCCGAAUAGUUUGCUAUACUCUAAGGAUAAAAUAAACACCAUAUCAUGUUUGUGACUAAAUUUGAUGGACUCUAAAUAUAAUAUGUUCCUUAAUAUACUUUAUUGGGAGCAAUAGACAUAGACUUCUUUUAUCUGACAAAUAUAGAUCUCACUAUGAGUCAUUUGACUGAUUCAAAUAACUUCUCAAUGGAAAACUUCUUUUUUGGGACUUCCAAAUCAGGAUUAUUUUUUACUAAAUUUAAAUUUCAAGAUCCUUAUAUUAUCUGCUAUCCUCCAAAAAAUCAAAAAAAUACUCAAUAAUAUUAUCAAAUAAUUUAAAAUGAAACUUCCAACUUGUUAAACAAUAUUCAGAAUAAUUUCAUAUUUUAGAGAUACACCAAUAUUACUAUAUUGGCUUAUGAUGAUGGUGAACCUUCAUAUUAAAAAUUGAUUGUGUAUUUAGGAAUUCCCAUAUGUAUAUCAGUUUUAUUAAUGGGAAUAUGUGUGUGGUUUAUAUCUAAGAAUAAAGAAAUUGAAAGAUUAGAAACUGAAAUAUCUACAAUAAAAAACUGGCUGAUGGUCAAGAGUUUAACACACCCUAAAUCAUAUAAUUGA